AUGGGCGAUUGCCUUCUCUCUUUUACUGAAACAGGUGCAGCUUUAACAAAAGCUCUUAAAGAUUUCGGUAAUAUUAUCAAGAGCGGUAAGUCAAGACAAAUGAUUGAAACAUAUACACUGAAUGAGAUUAAAGUUGCAAUUGUUCAUGUUUUAUCUAAGGGUGAUGUCGAUCAAAAUAUCAUUAUGACACAAGACAUCAUAUUCUUUUUGGAAGAAGUACCUGAUGUUAUUGAAGAUUUUGCAAGAUCUCCAAUAUUAAGUUACAUAUCAAACAUGAAAACUCAAAAACCAGAACUAACUGAAAAUAUCCUUCGUAUAUUAGCUGUAUUCUUUGAUUAUAUUCAAGAUUCACUAUUAAAUAUCAAUAUUACUCCACUUUUACAAAAUUUAUCUAAAAUUAGCCCUGAUUUUAUUCCAAAUGCUGUUGAUUUGCUUACUGGAAUUAUCAAUGCCUACAAUACUUUCCCAAAUCUUCCUGCGAUCGGAGAUUUACUGCAAUCAAUCCCAAAUUUAAACAAUGAAACAAAAGAAAUGUUUUUAAAUCUAGCAGCUCUUAUGAUUUCUAAGAUAAUACCAGAAGAACUACCUGUUGAUCACUUAUUCACUUGUUUAAAGCAAAUAAAAGAAAUAAAUAGCCAAGAAACAUGCAUGAAUCUAUUAAUUGCAACGAAUAUAGCAAUGAGAUUCAAACCAUCUUUCAACCAGAUCAACAGUUUGUUGUUUAAUUUCAACGAAAUUCCAAUUUUACCACAAUUUAAAGGUAAUACAGAAAUUUUUAACUUAUCAAUGCAAAUAUGUAUCAACCUGUUCCCAAAGACAGAAUUUCCAAAUGAAUAUGCUAAACAUUCAUGUCCUUUCGGCGUAAAUAAUAAUAAAUUUGCAAUUCAAUGCAUUGACUCGAUCACAGCUUUAUUUUAUCAAUACCCAGAGAAUGAGCUUGUCACAGCAGCCUUUGCUGGCCUUCUAAAGUUCAGAACAAUAAGACCAUCCGAAGAAUUAUUUUCAGCAAUGAAGAGAAGCUGCUCAAACCCAGAAAAUAUUGCAUGUAACCUUCACAUUGCAUCAUUCCUUGAUGAUAUGACUCCUCUUUGCAAAAACAGAGUAAUUUCGAAAUUCGAACAUUCGAAAUUCCGCAGAGAAAAAUGGUUUUCCAAAACAUGGCAGAAACUACAGAAAAAGUGUUCUCCAAUGGAAUCUCCAGAAAACAUCCUUGAGUUUGGAGAGCUAGAUGAAGUCCUUGAAAUCAUUGGUUCCAACAUUCUCCCGCCGGAAAAGCUCGUGGGAGGUCCAUUAACCAGGCUUUCGGAGCUUAUUAAAGAGCAUGGAACAGUUAUGGAUUUAAAUGUUGCGCCAACGAUAGAAGUAGCGCUCUCAAUUCUCGAAACUCUUCAGUUCGACCAUGAACAACCGAAAUGGAGAAACGAUGAUAUCAGGAGUCUUCAGAAAUGCAAAAUUCAAGUCAGAUGCGGAGACCUGCAGUUAAUUGUUUCCUUCACCACAAGCAUGGCCUAUAUCGAAGGAUCAUUUAACCUCGCUUACAAUCCCAAAUGCAAGGACAGUUUGAUGAAAUCCAUUAAAAAUCAGUCGGAAUUCGCAAAAAUGAUGCUCCAAGAAGAGGUAGAUAUGUUUGAGCCAGCAAGAUUCGCCGUAUUUUCAAGGAUUUUUGGCAAUCCGGAGUACAAAUUCUGUUCAUUUAAAUUUAAUGGUCACACUUUCAACAUAGAUGAUAGCUUAUCAACGGUGAUCGCUACUCUCAAUCCAUCCCUGAGAUCAAUUGACCGCCUGAAGAUAGAGUUUGAAGCUGUAGAAGGAGAUUUUCCGAGAAUUAAUUUCCCAAUUCCGGACAUUUGCCUCAACGAUGCGUACAAAGAAAUACUCGAUUUCUUAAAGCUCAUCCACGAGAUGUGUCCUAACAUAAAAUUGACCGAUUCUUCCUUUGCAAAAAGCGUAAUUAGAAAAAUUAACUCUCCGAUCGAAGCAAUAUUAAGAAAAAGUGCUGAAAUAUCGUUUGUUUAUUCGUAUCCGUUCUUAUUUAACUUCACUCAAAAGUUAUUUGCUGCAAGAACGGUUCUUGCAACUCCAAACGAUGCAAUAGAAGCAUUUGCUGAAGCUUUUAGUAUCAAGAAUUACAUAUCUAACCUUACCAGGCAUAAAAUUAUGGUAAAUAGGCAAGAUAUUUAUAAAACUGGCUCAUUGGUUUUACAUAUUGCUGCAAGGAGUGCUAUUUCUAUUGGUUUCAUCUUCGAAAACGAAGUUGGCUUUGGUAGAGGCCCUACACGCGAAUUUUUCCAGUUAAUGUCGCGAGAAUUAAUGAAAAAUGAGCGUAAAAUGUGGUUAUCCGAUAACUACACCGAUGAAUAUGCAUAUACCGCCCGAGGACUUUUCCCUCGUCCCGAUGCAAAUCCCGAUGAUUUCUUCACUCUCGGAGUUUUGGCUUCGAAAGCUUUACAAGAGUCACUUUUCUUGGACAUUGAAAUUUCCCCAGCUUUUGUAAAGAUGAUUUUUGGAAGGGAAGUAACGUUUGAGGAGAUCGAUCCGGUUAUUGCCAACUCCCUUAAAGAUGAAGAUGGCCUAAUCGGACUCGAUUUCACUUAUCCUGGCCUUCCAUUAAAAUUAACUGACAAACAUGAGGAAGUAACUGCGGAAAAUGUGAAAGAAUACGUUGCUUUGGUGAAGAAUGCGGCUAUUAAUGGCAUUGAGCAUAUAAUUAACCAGUUUAGAAGCGGAUUUAGCAGAAAUGCUGAAUUAUUAUCUGCACAGUUGUUCGAACCUGAGGAAUUCUCACGCGCUCUUUGUGGUGAUAAGGCGUUGUUUAACGCACGAGAUUUGCAGAUGUUUUUGAUUCCGAAAUUUGGAUAUACCAAGAAAUGCACUGAAAUUAAGAGAUUAAUCAACAUGAUCGCUAAUUUCACCCCACAGGAGCAGAGAUUGUUCUGCAAAUUCAUUACAGGAAGCGAAAGAUUGCCUCCUGGCGGAUUACCUGCAUUAAGUCCUCCGAUUGUGGUUGGAAGAAGGGAUGGCCACGAUGAAUCGUUCCCUUCUGUAAGCACAUGCAGUAAUUACUUGAAAAUGCCAAGUUAUUCGUGUGAACAGAUAAUGAAGGAAAGAUUCUUAACAGCGAUGACUUAUGGCAAUACAUUUACAUUCUCUUGA